GCGCGAAAAAGCAAGGUAGAAACGUCGUUGCCGUCCUGUGCACGAAGCGGAGCGCGAGAGGGACAGACGGAGAGGAGAGGAUGACGAUGGCGUGGGGUAUGGACGAGAAGUAAGGGAAAGGGAACGAGAACGCCGAGCCAGCGGCAUCACCGCGAGAGGUCGGUCAUGUUCGCCGUGUGACGUCACGAGGCAAUGGCGCCGCCUCCGUGGCGAGCGAGCCGGCCGAUUGGUCGACGGAAAUGAUGGCAGGCACGCUUGCCAAUCGAUUGCCCGCGGUGCGUGCGAGGCGCAGUACAUCGGUCGGGCAUGAUCCCCCACUUUGUCCCGUGGUAGGAUCCACGGAGAGGGGCGCGUUUCCCUGGAAGAAGGGGGACGGCCGCCUUCGGCAGGAAGUGAGCUCCGACCCCAAGGUAUAUGGAAGCGCCUCACUUAGUUUCGUUCUCUCGUAGAGAGUGGAAGUUGUUUCGUUUCUUCUGCAUUCGAGCUAUAUUCUUCGUUGUCGUUGACGUCCAGCACGGUGGAAGCGGGACGACCGGGAACGUUGCGAUAUAGCGUAAAUAUAAAAGCAACGUCAUCGCUUUUAGUAGUUUUUGCGUGUUUUGGCGGUUUGAAGAACCCGUCGCACAGGGUUGACAGUUCUCGUUGACGGUGAAGUGCAUACGCGGGUGAAAAAAAAAACAAAACAAAACAAAACCGAGGGAUUCUCGAAGACAGAGACUGUGACACUUGUGAUCGGUCCGAUCGGUUUUCACGUCGAUCUGUCUUUCUAAUUGCGCGUUUAGAGGGUGCCAUCGUUUCAUUUCAAAGGAGACCGCCGCUCCGUAGCACUUGCGUUUAGUUGGCGCGUCGUUGCCGCAUUGUCGUGACGCGAUUCGUCGAGCGUACGGUGGCUCGCAGCCAGUCAGAGUAGCUGGCGAAUGGCACGAAGAGUGGUGAGAGACUAGCAGUGAAGAGGGGAAGAAGAAAGUGACAGUGCCGUCAGUUCUCGCACGGACUCUGUGACUCACGGAUCGCUCGAGGCUCGCUCCGGUGAUUUUCGGAGAGAAAAAAAAGUAAAAAGAAGAAGGAAAAAGGAAUACCGAAUGAAACGACGUGCGCAGAACUGUAGUACCGGUAGUAUGACGAUCGCGAGUGUCGUUCUCCACCGAGACCGUGUCCGCGUGGGGUUGAUCGCCUCGUGAACAGUGCUCGCUCGCGAUUCUAUAUUCGGGCGCUGCGCAAAAGAGCGAAGAGAUCUCGAUCGUAGGAUCUGGUGAUACGUAGAUCCUCAACGGAAUGGUCACUCCCGUGGCCGCCACAUCGCUCGACCGACAUAAGCCCACGCGAUCGUGCGAUCGAUCGAUCUUGUAACGCCGGUGGAUCAGGAAACACGGUGCACGACGCCCACUCUCGGAGCGUUCUUACGUAGUGUGUCCUAGUAGUGAUUAUUACCGGUGACUCGGAUAAUUCGCCUUGGAUCGACUUUCAUGUCAUCGCUUCGCGCGCGGAGGUGAAAACGUUUAAGGAAGUAACCGGUGGUGAUCGUCGUGGCUUGUGCGACGGGCCAGCCACCGGUGGUCAUCGAUUGACAUUUUUUCUUUUCGGCGUGUCCUGUUGAUUUUCUUGACGUCGAACAGUACCAGAAAAGAGCAGCAAACUGUACGGGCACAGGCAGGAAGAGAUGCACACGAUGGAGACGGACAUGAAGGGCGGCAGUCUGCACGCUCAGAUGCCACCGCAUCCGCAUCAGGGUGUAUCGCCGAUGGGCCACCAUACGGGGAUGGCAUACGGCUCUAUAGGCUCGAUAGUGCAUAGCUCCGGGCUGUCGGGUAGUCCACCCGCGGUCAGCGCGAGUGGCCUCAGCCUGGGUCUGCAGCACCAUCACCAGUCAUCGCACCAUUAUACAUCCAUGCAGGUAGCCGUCGCUGCCGCGGCCGUUCAGCAGCAGCAGCAGCAGCAGCAACAGCAGCAGCAGAGCAUGCACGCUCAAAUGGCAGCGCAACAGAACGCAGCCCACCAGCAACAGCACCACCAACAUCAGCAGACGCAGCAGCAGCAACAGCAGUCGCAGCAUCAAGCCAACAAUCACAGCAAUCCGAACAACCCGAACAACCCCAGCAAUUCCUCCAACGCCAAGAAUAACAACAUGGACCGCGUGAAGAGGCCGAUGAACGCCUUUAUGGUAUGGUCGCGUGGACAACGUCGCAAAAUGGCCCAAGAAAAUCCCAAGAUGCACAAUUCCGAGAUAUCGAAGCGCCUUGGCGCCGAAUGGAAACUACUCAGCGAGACCGAGAAACGUCCGUUCAUCGAUGAGGCGAAGCGGCUGCGCGCCGUACACAUGAAGGAACAUCCGGAUUACAAAUACAGACCGCGCCGCAAGACAAAGACCUUGAUAAAGAAGGACAAGUUUCCACUCGGCGGAAGUGUCGCCGGUGUCGGCGGAAUGCUCGGCGUUGAUCAACGGCAAGUCGGAGCUGGCGGCGGACCGCAGCAGCCGCAGUUACCACGUGACGUGUAUCAGAUGCCCAACGGCUACAUGCCCAACGGUUACAUGAUGCACGAUCCGACUACCGCGUAUCAGCAACACGUAGCGUACGGCAGUCAUAUGGGUGGUGCAGCGGCCGCCUCGGCCGUCGCCUAUCCUAGGUAUGAUUCGAUGGGUCACCAUAUGGGCGGUGGGAGUCCAAGUCCCAUAAACAGCUACAUGAAUGGAUACGGUGGCUACGGCGGUACCACCGUACCCGGAGGCUCACCGUCCCCGUAUCAUCAGGCGCAAUCGGGUUCUCAGUUGUCCAGCCACAGUCCUAGUGGCAGCAGCAUAAAGUCCGAGCCGACGAGUCCGGCGAGCGGCGGUGGCAUACACACGCCGACGCCGACCGGCGGCCCGACGACCACGGGAGCGGCCGGUCCAGCCGGCCAGCCGGUCAAGCGAGAGUACAUGGGUCAGCAGCAGGCGCACCAGGCAUCGCAAGGCGAUCUCGGGCAGAUGAUCUCGAUGUACCUGCCAGGGGGCGUCGAGCAGGGAGUUGUGCAACACGGCGGCAGCGUCUACUCCCCGGGUCCGUCGCCCGACUCUUUGGCGCAUCGUCACGGGGCCAUGCAGCCGAUUGCACAUAUGAAUCUUGUAGCUUAGAGAGAGACUUGGAUUGGACGUCAGUGCAAAAGGAAACCCUGUAGAGAGUAAUGGAAAAAGUAAGAGAGCAAAAGAGAAAGCAAAUGGUGGAAUGCGAAAUAAAAAGAAAUGCAUAAUGAUAGUGAGAGCGAGACAAAGAGAGAAGGGGGACAGAGUAGCAGAGAGUUUUCAGAAAGGGAAAAAAUGACAAAGAGUGUAGGCUAAAACAUAGUUUUAUGAUAGGGUUUAAUGACAGUUUAAUGACAGGGAUGAUAGACCUACUAUGAAAGAGACUAGUAUUGAUUGGCUGAUGAUACUAGAUUGAGAGGAUAAGUGACAAUAAUGCUGUUAUUACAAUAAUCGUAAUAACAGCAUAAUCGGAAUUACAUUAUAAUUUUAAUUACAGUCAAAUUAAAAUUUAGUUUUAAGACAAUGCAAAGCGGAAUAAAAAUUACGUAACAAAAAAAAAAGUAAAUAUUGUUCAUUCAUUCCGAAAAUGGAGCUGAUUCCGAUAAGUCCGUCUACGCUACUUUAACAACUUAUCAUUAUUAAUAUAACAACUUCUAUAUUACUAACAACUUGUUAGUAUAGAAAAUCUCAUCGGAAUAAAUUCUAUUUCGAGAAUUUAAGAAUGUCAAUGUAGACUUUGUUACAUGUAGAUAUCUUGCGAUGGACCUUAAUUGGAUUUUACUUAUACUGCCCCGUAAAAGUUUCUCUCCCUCCCCCCCCUGCUCUUGCGUUCUCGCUCUCGAUGCUCAAAAGACCGCGCCUUCGCUCGCAUUCACAUCUCACGAAAAAUUCUCGCCAUCACCGUCGUCCACGCUGCGCAUUAUCAUCGAACGAAGACAUACGACCUAUAGAAGACGUCAAUAAUUAUUUGAAAAUAUGCUCUCGCAAAAUUGACAUUACCAAAGAAGAAUCCGAUUCGAUCGGACGCUAUACGUGUCCAUGUCACUUCCGUUUGGAUUCUGUUGUUUUUUUACAAGCAUUAACUGUACGUACGUAAUAUAACUGUAUUUUUAAAUACAUUAACCUUUCGAUUCUCAUGCCACUUUUCUCCAGACGCAAGUUCUCAAGUAAAACGAGAACUGGAUCCAAAAAGUUUAUCAAAAGUAUAACGGCAUGAUCGUGAUGUCAAAAAUGAUAGAUAAUAAACAUAUCAAUGCGCACAUAUAACACAAUAUCACUUAUUUUUACUUAUAUCGAGGUAGAAUCUUUAAAGCUAUAAUUAUAAUAACGGAACAAUGAUUAUAAUUCUUGUAUAACUACGGAACAAAUGACAUGUUCCGCUUGAGAAUCGAAGGGUUAAGAAUGACAGUGAGGCCCUGAUUAUGAGACUUGGUCAUGAUCGUGAGACUUUUGAGACCACGUUAACUUCUAUCGCGAUCUCGCAUCUCAUCUAACACUGCAUUCAGUCAUUGCGUUUUGCCGUAAUAAUAGAAAAAUAUUAUUUCGCUAAAAAAAAAUGAAAUUCUGUUGCUUCCAAGAAUUAGAAAAGGCUUCCAACUCGGAAAUUCGAAAAAAUUAUGAAAUUUUGGCAGUAAAUCAUUUUUUUGCUGCUCGAAUUCACCCUGAAGAGAGGAUAAAUCGAUAAAAAAUCUUAUUAAAAGAAAUAAAUCUUUCUAAAAUUUUAAAAUCGCAAAAAAUUAGUCUCGACCGAAUUAAAUGAGAUAUAAUGCCAUAUAGGCCAGCCUUCGCAGGAUCUUCGUGUGCAUAGCAGGAUAUUUAUUAUCUUAAUGUAAGUUGCGGUUCUAAGUUGGGAGCAUCUUUAGUGCAACAUGAAUGUGCGUGUUACUAUUUGACGAUUGACUCUCGGGUUGAUUAUGGCGUUGCAAGUGCGUGUCGGGGUCCAUAAGUCGAUUUGUCCAAACAAUUGUUACUGAAUUCUUGAAGUGUGAGCUGUGUUGAAAAUUGACACAUAAAUGUCGACCGGGACUGUGCGGCGAACAAUGUCAAGCGACACAUUUGACUUCCGUAUCGUUCGCAUUGUUCCCACUGGCUGACAUUUAUGCAUCAAUUUUCAACACAGUUUGUACUUUAAGAAUUGAGUAGUAAUUGUUUGGAUAGGUUGGACCUUGACACGCAUCUGAAGUAUAGUCAACCUCAGAGUUAAACAGUAUGUAACGCGCACAUCUUUGAAAAGGCAUGGGAGGGCAUUUGUGUGUACUAUCAAAGUUUCAUUUUUUGAAUUUCCGAGUUGAGCCUUUUCUCUUGCAAAAAGUCAUGAUAACUUAAAUUUCUUAUUUGUUAAAAAUCAAAUUUUCUAUUGACGAAAGAUAAAUUCUUGAAACAAUUAUUAUAACAAAACAACAUUUUUUUGACACAUGCUGCUAUUCAAUUGUCUAAAUAAUUUUUAAAAAUUGUUUCAAAAUAUAUGUUAUAUAUAUUUAUAUAUAUAUAUUGCAAAGAUAAAGAUAUAAAUUGAAUACUUGGUCAGUUUUUUUAUAUAUCACGAUGUAAAUAUUCUUAUUAAAUAUUCAUAGUCAGAUGUCUAUCGUAAGCAGAGUGUAAAAUAUUUAAAACGGCUUGAGUUCAGAGAAAAUGAAAGGAAUAGUGGAGGAUGAAUGUAUUAUAUUUAUUUCUUAUUUCAAUAAUCAAUAUUAAAAAUGGUACAUUAUACUGACACAACUAUUCCUAAAAUCAUUUAAAGUAUCCAUGAGUCUUACAUAUAACUCAUCUUGAUUCAAGUAUUCUUCUCUUGACGUGCAUUCUGCCUAGACAUCUAAUGUUCAUGUAUUAUACGUUUGAAGCGUUAAAAAAUCAAUAUUAAUGCAGCUGUAUGUGCAACUGUAUCUGUACAUAGAUAUGUACAUACAUAUAUGAAUUAGCUGUAGCAUCCAAAGAGAGCAUGUGCAUUCUUGUACAUUAUUAUUUUAUUUAUCAUUACAAGGGAAUGUAAAAAUGGACUGGAAUUUAUCUGAAAUUGAGUAAUUUUAUCUCUACGAAGACAUUUUUAUACUGAGAAGUAUACACGAUCAAAGAUAUACUGUAAAACCGGUGAAGAUCUACACGUAAAAAAGACACAUUGUCAUUCUUACAUUCUCGAAAUUGAGUUCAUUCCGAUAAGACUUUCUAUACUAACAAGUUGUUAGUAAUAUAGAAUUAGUUUAAUGACGUAGAGAAGAACUUAUUGGAGUUGGUUUCAAUUUCGAAAUAAAUGCAACAGCAUUUUUAUUAUUAUUUUUUUUUAUUUAAUUCAUUUUUUGAAUCUCACACACGGUUUAUGAUGCCUAAAUAUUAACCCUUGCGUUACCAUGCUUAAAACGGUGCCUCAUCCCUACCAUUCUGGAUAUAUCUCGAAUCUGUUUAUUUUUUCAAAUAUUUAAAAUGGUUCAAAAAAUCUCUCUAAAAAUUUCGCAAACACACUUCCAGCUUUUUAAAUGUUGAAAAACUUCACUUUAGAAAAUAAUAAAAUGUGUUAUAAUUUAAUAACCGACCUAAUCGUAAAUUGGAUAAAAGUGGGAAAACGCUUUGUACACGAAAUACCCAGGAUAGUAGGGAAAGGGUUAAUUGCGAAUGUGCCUAUAAUGAAAUUGUGACUUGUGGAAUUAAAUUAUGUCUCUCUUAAAUAUUAUUUUUUAUUAUAUUAUUAUUAUCGCAUUAUAUGUUCGCGCUAUUAUAACAUUAGCUAUUAAAUACUCAUAAAAAAAUAGAAGGGGCGAUUUUUUAGUUACUCUUGUCAUCCACUUUAAUUAUUUUAGAUGUUAUUAUCGAUUGUCACUAUCAUCGACUAUGCUGGUUCCAUUCUUACUUCGCGUUAAUAAGUGGCUUGACAGAUGGAAGGUUAUUCGCAGUAUGUCAUAUCAAUUACACUGUUAAAGGUCUUUGCACAAUGCGAGAGAAUAGCAAUAAGAAUAACGAUGGAAGUGUUCAGUCAAUCAAAAACUGCGGAAAAUAUCUGCGAACUAAUCACGAGCUGUGGUGUUAUUAUUUAUGUUUAUUCUCUAUCGCUAUCGCUAUUCUGUCGCAUUGUGUAAGGACCUUUAGUCCAUUCUACAUAAAAUGCAUUGUAUAGCAUAAGCAUAGCAUAAGACCGCUGGACCAAUGAGAAUCUUAUGUAAAUUAAUAUGACAACUUUUAUGCUGGAUGCUUAUUGGUCCAGCGAGCUUGUUAUGGUCACGCUCUGUUAUGCAUCUCAUAUAGAAUAAGCUUAGUUUAUUCGAAACAAUAUUGUCGACAUCUUAAUGAUUUGUUUCUAAACAAAAGUAAUGUAGAUAUGUACAUACAACAAUAUUUCCUCUACAUGCGUCGAAAAAUUAAUAACGGGAUUCGAUGAUAUUCAUAUUAUGUACGAUGACGAUUGGGUGAAAAUUGAUGGAAAAUUGGGAAGCAUUCGCUAUUCAAGUAUUUUUUUUCUUUUAGACAAAAAAAUUAAGAUCAAAUAGUGAUCAUGGCGCAGAGAGUUGUGCGUCUGCUUUUCGUGCCAAAGGCCUGGGUUCAAAUUCGAUUGAUUAGAAACAUCUUUUAUUCGAUCGCUACCUUUCAGAAAACAAUGGCAAACCACCCGAGAUCUUGCCAUGACUUCUGUAGGCUGUUCGGAACCGGUGUUUAAACUGUCGGGAUUCAUGGUACGUAAAAUGGUCUUAAAUAUAAAACUUGACUAUGAAAAGCGGCCUAAAUUCCGUAUAUCGGCGUAAAUUAUAAAAAAAGCGCUGAAAAAUACGCUGAGAAAAAAUAAAAAGACAAAAGAAGUAACAAGAACCAAGGAUUGAAAAGAGGAAGAGAGGCCAGAGUAAAAUUUAGAAUUUAACUAAUACUUAAAGAAAACUAAAAUGUAACAAUAAAAAAGUUUCAGGGAUAAAUAAAAGUAAUGAAUAUGUAUACAAACAUUUUUUUCAGUUAAGGCUUUUAGGCAAAUCUACAGACUUAAAAAUUUAACAGUAAAAUAUUUCAAAAACUGCUGGUCUCUUUUAUCUCUGUAAUGUUCCUAUGUACACGUUUGAUGUACACAUGAAAGAAAGUAUGUGUGCUCGUUUAAUGCACUUUAAUUAAUGGUGUAAAAAUGGUUUGUUUAAAAUUAAUGAGCAUUCAAUCUCUUUAGUAAAUUUAAAUCCAUUUCUAUGUUCUCCUGUGAUGAUAAACAUUACUCAUCACGAAAAUGCACAUACUCUCUUUGGACCUCACAUUUGCACUCUUCGUAUGGGUAUAUCAUAUAGUAUAUAGAUAUAUAGUAUAUAGAUGUCAUCAAUAUCAUUGCCUUUGUAUAUAUGAAACAUACAGAGCUCUAUUCACAUUUAUGUAUAUUAUAUAUAACGAAUAUAACAAGUAUUACAAUGGUGUAUACGAUGAUGAUGACAAUGAUGAUGAUACAAAAAGGCAAUGAUGUUGAUAGUCUGACGAUGCUCGCAACGUCUUCAACGUUUUAUCGUUUCAAUUCGAUAAUUCUAUGAGCGAUUCAAAAUUCAGUCUUAGAAUAUUAAGCGUCAAUUUUAAGCAUUUAUAUUUAUAUGAUACAUAACGAAUCAUAUAACAUGUGCUACAAUAGCAUAUACGCGAUAAUGAUGCAAUUGUAUUGAUGAUAAGCUCGUGAUAAGUUGCAAUCGCACAAUGCUCUCACAUGCGAUAAUCUAACGAACAACUAGAAUCUUUAAGCACGCGUCAAUUUUAAGCAAACCAUUUCGAUUAUUUCUAGACACAAGCGAAGGGGGCUAGCUGCGUAGAAUUAGUUACACAUUUUCUUUGUCUCAAUGAUUAUUCGACGUACAUAGACGCAAAUCAUCAUCGAAUCCCAAUUUAUUUUCCGACGCAUGAAGCGAAGGUGUUGUAAUAUCAAAGUAUCUUUCUGAUACUCAAAGGAAUGUUUUUCUGAUGACGACAGGAUAUGUAUAUGGGAAGUCUCCUUAGUCCUAAUCCGAAUCGAUGCGAGCUAUAAUUUCGAUUCGAUCUGUGAUAAGCAGGAAUGGGAAGUCGUUGAGUUAUUUUAUCGUUACUUUUAUUUUUUUAUAAUAUAACAAUUUGGUAAUGACGUUACAAUUUUUCAUAAUGAUAACUAGCUAGGAUUGGAGAGCAAUCACUUUUAACAAGCCAAUUGUCAUUAUGCAUUACUCAUUGAGAAAAGUAACUCGUUAGUUGACGCGUUACUUUGACUCGUUACGUAAUGAGUAAAGUUAUAAAUUAGUAUUUUUCAAGGAGUAAUGCAUAAUGAUAACGAGUUGAUUGUCAAAAGUGACUAUUCCGAUCCUGGACUUGCCAUUAUGGAAAAUUGUAACAUUAUUACCAAAUUAUAAAAAACAAACGAGUAACGGUGUUAAUUACUGUAACUCGUUACUUCCCAUUCCUGUUGGUAAGAGACGUUAAAGAGUAGGAUACUGAAUAGGUGCACGAGUAUGCGAUGCUCUGUGUUAUAUACUGUGCCCUUAUGAUGAUAAUUGCUUUUAUAUCUUAUAAUAAUAAAACUUAACAGCAGAAGAAAAC